AUGAGUGCCUCCUUUCCUUCAUGGAAAGAUCGCACACAGAAUCAGUUCGGAAAGCUUCAGAUCCAAGUACCAUGGCGGUCAUUCCAGCUCCUGGUGCCGCAUCGCAUGCGUCGCAAGCUCCGUUCCAAGCUACGGAGUCGUCUCUCGCCUGCUUCGUCCAUCUCAACGCUGCAGACCUCCUUCUCGCCUGUCGACACCCUCAGAUCAUUACAGGCGCAUCGGUGGACGAUGUAUGAUUUCCAGUACCUUUUGCUUUUGAUCGUGGGCAUCUUCUCCUUAACGAUAAUUCAAUCUCCUGGCCCGCUCGGAAAGACGGCCAUCGCCACGGGGCUGCUGUGCUCUCUACUUAUGCCCAUCACACGGCAAUUCUUCCUGCCCUUUCUUCCCAUUGCUGGGUGGCUGAUUUUCUUCUAUGGUUGCCAGUUCGUCCCAAGUGAUUGGCGACCUGCCAUUUGGGUUCGGGUUCUUCCGGCCAUGGAGAACAUUCUGUACGGCGCAAACAUCAGCAACAUCCUAUCUGCUCACCAGAACGUGGUGCUAGACGUUCUAGCAUGGAUCCCCUAUGGUCUCUGCCAUUACGGAGCUCCCUUUGUCGUCUCUUUGCUCCUUUUCUUCUUCGGCCCUCCGGGAACCACCCCUCUGUAUGCCCGGACUCUUGGCUACAUCAGCAUGCUAGCUGUCACCAUCCAGCUGGUUUUCCCUUGUUCGCCCCCGUGGUAUGAGAACCUAUACGGUCUGGCGCCCGCCGAUUACUCCAUGCAGGGCAACCCCGCUGGACUUGCUCGCAUUGACAAGCUUCUCGGUAUUGACUUGUACACCUCGGGCUUCAAGCAGUCCCCAGUUGUGUUUGGUGCAUUCCCUUCGCUCCAUGCCGCGGACUCGACUUUGGCCGCUCUGUUUAUGAGCCACGUCUUCCCCCGUCUGAAGCCCCUCUGGGUUACCUACACCCUGUGGAUGUGGUGGGCUACCAUGUACCUAUCGCACCACUAUGCAGUCGACCUCGUCUGCGGAGGUCUGUUGGCCACGGUCGCCUUCUACUUCACCAAGACCAGGUUUAUGCCUCGAGUCCAAUCCGACAAGAUGUUCCGCUGGGACUACGACUAUGUUGAGAUCGGCGACAACUCCCGCGAUUUCGGUUACGACCUCGCCAGCUUGGAUGGCGACUUCAACCUGGAUAGUGAUGAGUGGACCGUUGGAUCUUCCUCCUCCAUCUCUUCCGGCUCUUUGAGUCCCGUGGACGACCAUUAUACAUGGGAAAGCGAGACCCUGACCUCGAAUCACGACAUUGAGGCGGGACGAUAA